UUUUUUUUUUUUUUCCCUUUUUUUUUUCACUUCUUAUUAGUAUUUUCCCUUAAGUGGUCAAUGAUGUCUCUAUUUUCAAGUGCAGCUUUUUAGUUGAUUUUUCUCCAGUAUUUGCCUUAUUCCAUGGUGGGAUUAUUUUAUUCUGGGUUCCAUGUGACUCUCAAUUUUUUUAAUAAUGAAGAGUCUAAUUUGGGUGGGCUCUUAAUUUUUUAAUCUGUAAAGAGCAUGUGGUGUGGUAAACAAUAUAUUGGGGCUUCAUUUCAUUGCUUCUCUUAUUCCAUUUCUUAGUACAGUUCCAUAUUUGGUAUGCUGCAACAUCUUUUGUUGGUUAUUGUUUGAUUAUUAAAUUAGUUAGUCAGUUGACCAACUAAUCAAUUAGUAUUUUAAGUUGGUUUCUUCUAGAUGAGGUAUCAGAGCUUCUAAAUAUGGUUAUCAAUCAUUUACAAUACUCUAAAGUUGUCUUCUUGCUUUGUUUUACAGAAAUCCUGUCUGCUGAGACAUGAAUUCUUGCAUUCCUGAUUGGAAUUUUGAGGCUGAUCUCCCUUUGACCAACCAAAAGAAACCCAUGGGGCCAGACCAUGAACUAGUAGAGCUCUUGUGGAGAAAUGGACAGGUAGUUUUGCACAGCCAAACGCAUCGAAAACCGAGUCCUAAUCGUCCUAAUGAGGCCAGACAAGUUCAAAAACAAGAUCAGCAGACCAUAAGGGUUGGUGGAUUAUAUGGGAACUCAAGUAAUUUGACUCAAGAUGAAGACACAGGUUCCUUGAUCCACUACCCUCUUGAAGAUUCCUUUGACAAAGAGUUCUGUUCCCAUUUUUUUUCUGAAUUGCCUUCCUGUGAUCCAAUUGAGAUUGACAAGCCAACCAAACAAUUUGAAGAAGAAAAGUUUGCUAAGUUUGGUGCUUCUGAUACCCCCCAUCUUGUUUCCACUGCCCCCCAACCUAAUGUUAAGUCCCCUGCUGGUAUGGGAUAUCCUGCAAACCCAAUGCCUCCUCCAAGAUAUCAAUACAAUAACUCAACUGAGCAAAACCAAAAUCUAGGAGGCUUGGGGAAAAUAGUUAAUUUUUCAACAUUUGCUACCCCAGGAAAGGGUGAUAGAGGAUCUUCCAGAGGAAAAAUAGGAGGGAAAGAGUCUGGCAAUUUAACUCAGGGGGAGGUUAAAGAGUGUUCGGUAAUGACCGUUGGUUCGAGUUACGUUGGUAGCAACCAAGUUCUAAAUGACUUUGAUGUGAGCAGGGCUUCAAGCAAUUGUGAUGGGACGACUGGUUUAUCUGUUGGACCCUUCUAUGACAAUGUUCAAAAGAUGAUGCCUCAGAGUGAGAGAGGGAAAACAGAUACACUAGACCCAACUCUUACUUCAUCUUCUGGUGGUUCUGGUAGUAGUUUUGGCAGAGGAGGAAAGCGGUCUAAUGUUGUCAAUAGCAACAAAAGAAAGGGUAGAGAUGCUGAGGACUCAGAGUGCCAAAGUGAGGCUGCUGAACUUGAGUCAGCUGCAGGAAACAAGUCAGCACAACGGUCUGGAUCAUCCAGGAGGAGCCGUGCUGCUGAAGUCCAUAAUCUCUCAGAAAGGAGACGGAGAGAUCGGAUCAAUGAGAAAAUGAGAGCAUUGCAAGAGCUCAUACCUCAUUCUAACAAGACAGAUAAAGCAUCAAUGUUAGAUGAGGCAAUUGAAUACUUGAAGUCUCUUCAGAUGCAACUUCAGGUAAUGUGGAUGGGAAGCGGGAUGGCACCAAUGAUGUUUCCAGGCAUGCAGCACUAUAUGUCCCGAAUGGGAAUGGGAAUGGGAGUGGGAAUGGGACCACCAGCCUUGCCUUCAAUGCACAAUCCGAUGCAUUUACCUAGAGUCCCUCUAGUUGAUCAGUGCAUGAAUGUGGCUCCAGCAACAAACCAGGCUAUAAUGUGCCAAGCACCGGUGUUGAAUCCAGUUGAUUAUCAUAACCAGAUGCAAAAUCCCGCUUUUCAGGAGCAGUAUGCGCGUCUUUUGGGCUUCCAUCAUAUGCAGACUAUGUCUCAGCCUGUGAAUAUGUUCAGAUUUGGCUCCCAGCCUAUGCAACAGAAUCAGAUGACAGCACCAACUGGCAUCAACAGUGGACCUUUAGCUGGAGGAGGUACAGCUAAUGAUACUUUAAGGGGCAAGAUGUCCUUUUUCUGAUGUUAACAGGUUAAUCAGUGAGUAUGCAUGCUUAUCUCCUCUCUAUGGUCCCCUGGCUUAUUUAACAAGAUUAUUUCAAGGUGGCAAAAGUUGUUGUGUUAAAUAUAUUUCUAGCUCGCACGGUUCGCAUGCCUCCCCAACCAGUGAGCGUGAUGUACGAUCUUACCGCGUAGUUGAGGUGAUCGAAGAGUCACUUCUCCUACGUACAUGCCAAUGAACAACUACUGCAAGAGUUCAAACAUCCCAAGCCUAGUUGUGCAGCUUCCUGAAUUGAGUUUUUGACUCUGGUAAAAAGUAAAAUAGUAUUUCAGUUCAUGUCCAAUAACAUGUAUAAAAUACAGGCAUUUUUCUGCUCAUUGAUGUUCUCUUAUAAAAAUAUGCCUCAAUUUUUUAAUGGAUAGUGAUGUUUCCUGAAGUGUUUCUUUGUUUGCACCUUUAUGCUUAUGCUUUUGCCUGUGAUGGUUAUAUCUGUCACUGUAAGUAACUGGAAAUGAAUAAAAGAAAAAGUUGAAUCA